CGGGCCAAUCCCGGAUUUCAUCGCUGGGUCGCAGGUCACACCAUCAUCAGCCUGACGCGUGACGGACCAAGAGCAGAUCAUCACUUCAUCAUUCUUCCAUAACCCACAAACCACUACUACUCAAUCACCAUGGUUAUUCAGGUUGGCAUCAAUGGAUUUGGCCGUAUCGGUCGUCUGACCUUGAGGGCAGCACUCGAGAACUCCGAGGUUCAGGUGGUGGCAGUCAAUGAUCCAUUCAUUGACCUUGAAUACAUGGUCUACAUGUUCAAGUACGACUCCACACACGGACAAUUCAAGGGUGAUGUCAAGUGCGAAUCCGGGAACUUGAUUGUCAAUGGAAAAAAGAUCAAAGUAUUCCAACAAAUGAAUCCAUCUGAGAUUCCAUGGGGUGAAAAUGGAGCUGAGUACGUGGUCGAGUCCACCGGUGUAUUCACAACCAUCGACAAGGCCUCGGCUCAUAUGCGCGGUGGAGCCAAGAAGGUGGUCAUCUCUGCUCCGUCGGCCGAUGCACCCAUGUUUGUUAUGGGUGUCAACGAGGACAAGUACGAAGCAGCAAGCAUGAAUAUUGUCAGUAAUGCGUCCUGCACCACCAACUGCUUGGCUCCCUUGGCAAAGGUCAUCAACGAUAACUUUGGCAUCGAAGAAGGGCUCAUGACCACCAUACAUGCUUACACCGCCACCCAGAAGACCGUUGAUGGACCUAGCGCAAAGAAAUGGCGUGAUGGCCGUGGUGCUGCUCAGAACAUCAUCCCUGCAUCGACCGGUGCUGCCAAGGCUGUUGGAAAGGUCAUCCCAGAACUCAAUGGGAAACUAACCGGCAUGGCCUUCCGUGUCCCCGUCCCCGACGUCUCGGUGGUUGAUCUGACUGUCCGUCUGAAGAAGCCUGCUAGCUACGACACCAUCAAGAAAACCGUCAAGGCUGCGUCAGAGUCUAAGGCACUCGGACGGUACCUAGGAUACACAGAGGACCAGGUUGUCUCUCAAGAUUUCCGUGGAGACAUGCACUCCAGCAUAUUUGAUGCUGGUGCCGGUAUCGCCCUCAAUGACAACUUUGUAAAACUAGUAACAUGGUACGACAACGAGUACGGUUACAGUUUCCGCGUUAUCGACCUCAUCUUGUUCAUGGCCUCCAAAUCAUCAUGAGCGGACGUUCCACUCAUCUCAAACCUAUAAUCAAAUGACUUCGCAGUGUUUAAACCUUCCUAAUUCACCCACUCACAAAUAUAUCAAAGUGUCUGUAAAGCUCUGUCAUCAUGCACAUAACGUAACGUAAUGUAAAACAGAUCAAGCAAUAUGUGUAUUGAGUAUGGACAAGGUGUUUUUGUGCUACCCUCUCGCUUGAUGUAGAAUUAUUAUGGCUCUUCCAAUACGACAAUGUAUGACAUUAAGCAAGGUUUAGAUUUUUACAAAUUCAUAUUCUUGGAUACGUUUUGGUGCAAAGCAUCAAAAAUUGAAAGUAUAAUAUUUAAAUUAGGGUCUGUGGGAUCGUUAGAAUCUCUAAACCACUAUUGGGUUGUCAUACAUAUACUGCCAAAUUCAUCUUGUGCUUGUCUUGUGUUACAGUGGUUUUACAGCAAUCCUUGCAUUAUAUUCAGAACCUUGGCGAGAUUGAUGUGUAGAUUUUCCAUAUAUGAUGUGGGUAGCUGCAUUUCGUAUUACUUAAUCUCGGAACAGCAGUUGCCAUCGAUCUUCAUAGAAGUUUGUGGAUAUUUUUAAGAAUGAUGGAAUAUAAGUAUUCUCCCUCACGCAGAUGGACGUUCAAAAGUACAGUGACUAUUUUAAGUUGAACAGUGCUAGUGAUAUUGCAGCUUUUUAAAGGAGCUUUUUUUUUCAUGUACUAUCUUAAUUCACAGGACGAGAAAAAAAAAUCAAACAAAUCACAUACUCGUGAAGAUUCUUAUAUACUAUCAUGUCAAACAGUGCUAGUGCUAAUUUCUUCAAAAGAAAAUGUAUGUUAAAUUCAAAUUCACAGGAACUGUUAAAAUCAAAGACUUUUUGUUAACAUGUCAAGUUUCGAAUUGUACUCUUUCACUGGCUCCAGGAGUCGGGCAGUCACGACUGCUUUAAAUUAAAAACUUUAUCCAUAGAUGAUAUGUUUCAUUACGCUGAAUUUUAUAGUUGGUUUCAUCAUUAUCAAUCAGGGUUGUAGAUUUUUCUUUCAAACGUUGGACAUUUUGACAUUUUUGUAGAGGGUUGGAUUUGUUGAUGUGCAGUAUUUCCUUCAGAUUUUUGUCCCCCUUUGGAAAGUGUCGUUUGUGUGAGCCUCCAAGUGAAUGUGAUAUGAUAAACCUCAAUAAAAACAGAAGUAUUUAGAAAGAA